GGCGAUUGGCCGCCACCACCAUUCUUUCACGAGAACUCUGAGAGAGCACACGCAUCUUUUGCGCAAUCUUUACAUUUUUAGCGAGUGAUAUAUUCCUAAUAACCAUGGAUAACAAGGAAAUCAGUGAAUUUCUUAACAUCAGUGGAUGUGAAUCGUCCUUCUUGAACACCGAAGAAUCUGGUAUCAAUGUAGCAGCUGAUGCCGAAGCCAGCCUGCAAACGGACGACGAAUACGUCGUCAACCUGAUCACCGAGAUGAACCAGAAUUCUCUUGUACCCGGAGGACUAGUCGAACUUACAGCUACAGAUAUGGUCUACCAAGACUCUUUUGUGUUGCAAGAAAGUCAUGAGUCCAACAAAGGCUUAAUCACUCUGAACCCAGUUGAUGUGGCCAUGUUUGAGGUACCAGCCUAUGAAACAACAAUAGGAUCUCCAUACUCCCCAAGUCUAUCAGAAGUCUCAACAACCUCCUAUGAAAACGUCAACAGCAUGCUGAAUAUUACUGCCCAGUCACCCACAGCCUCCGAUGAUAUCAUCAAUCAAGCAGUUUCUCCUGUCGAGGUCUUCGGUGAACGCAAGAGGAAGAGAGGCCGCAAGCCAAAGUCUGAAGCAGGACAAAACCUCCCCAAGGCCAAAAGACCAAAGGUCUAUGAGAUUAACCAACCCUUCGAGAAUAAAGAACAGGAAAGGAAGAGGCUGAAUGCUGUCAAUGCCAAAAGACACAGAGACAUGCAAAAGGCUGCCAGGGAGGCUAUGGAGCAUCAGCUUCAGGAAGUGAAAACUGAGAGGGACAUGUUGAAAAAGCAAGUUGAGGACCUACAGCAACGCGAGGCUCUUAUCAAAAAGCAGAUGAUGGAUUUCAAAGAAAAGCUGCGUUCACUGUUUUCAGAUGUGGAAAAUGGAUCCCUCCUGUGAAGCAUUGGUCCAUCAAGAAAGCUGGAGUGACAGCAGCUCUUUGUGAUACGAAUUUUUGUGCUGUAGACCAAGAUCUUCUAGUCUUCUCAGCCAAGUUGUGAUGGGAAAGCCACUACCCUUCAAGUUGACGGAUGACAUUUUCAGCAAAAUCACUAUUUUCCUGGAAUGGAGUUAGCACUUCAAGUUGAAGGAUGACAUCUUCAACAAAAUCAGUAUACCAAAUCUUAAAGACCUCUUGGGAAGGAGGUCUAUGUCCUUCUACCCAAUUCUUACUACAUCUUACACUUAAAUAAACCACUUGCAAAACAACGCUGAAACACUUCACUUCUGAACAGUUACACAACACAGGGUGUGGUAAAACCCUGAAUUGUUUUUUUAUAUUUGUGUGUAUAUAUGUAUGAAUGUAGUUGUGUGCUUGUACAUUUGAAUAUUUUAUAUUUUUGUGUAUGUACAAUUGAAUUCCUCUUUUAUAUUCUUAUACUUGCUUUGUGACAUUCUAUUGGCUCAUUCAUUCUAGUCAUUGAUGUGAUAAAAGCUCAGGUUUUCAGAAUUCCAUCUCAAAAUUCUGAACUAUUCUGUGAUAUUUUUAAACUAAGUACCAGUUAAAUUCCAUGGGAAAGCAUUAUUAUUUAAUAUUAGUGAAAGUUUAUUUAUAGAAUUUAAGGCUAUUUGAGACAAAUCUUUACAGUAAUCUUGUUGACAAGACUAGUAAGAUAGGUAGGUUCAGACAGCUUACUAGUAGGUUCAGACAGAAAUAAAUUGAUCCUCAUGUAACAUAGGUUACACCUUGAACUAACUCUCCAUAGCUCAGUUGGCAGAGUGACUGCCUGUUUGGCAGUGGGUCACUGGUUCGACUCCAGCUGGAGAGAUGUGUGAAGGUAUUGACACCAGUAUCAUCAACUUUUGUAGGACUUGCAACUUUCACAGUAGUUAUAGGGUUAGAUAGGUAUGACUCAUUGGCUGAAGUUUAAUGUGGUGGAUGUGACUGAUUUAAAGCAGUGAGCAUGGAUGUGUUGAAAAUUGCUUAAAGGGGGUGAGAAAUACACUAAAUAUUUGCUUACCUUUGCUCGUUAUAUUUUCCAGGUAGAUGUGCAGUCCAGAUCCACGUGCCGACAAUUGCUCAGGAGAGGGAGGAGGUAUAUUUUACCAGUUUAUCAAGACCAAUCAGGAGACAUUUCCACCUGAUGAGUGAGGUACAAGUUGAUUGUGGGAAUAGUGAACUGGUUUUACUGAAUGGACUUCUUGGGAUUUAAAAGAACAAUGUUCUUUUUAAAAACAUAGAAGUGACAAUUGGUUUGGAAUUAGCUUUAAUGUGUUUUGUUUGAAUUUCUUAGAGCCUUUUGAUUCAACCAAUUCAUACGUAAAUAUUUUGACGACUAAAGAAUUUUCACAAAGUAGUUUGUAGUUUAAGUUGCGCAGUGGAAAUCAAGUGAAGUAUUAUGGUCAAAACGAUUAGUAAAGUAAAUCUAACGGUUACAAGUUGAGAAUCUUAUGAUUUGGAAAUGAAGUAUCCUGUUGAUGUACGUAGUCUGCUCAGCUGUUUUUUUUUUUUUUUUUUUUUUU